GCUGUAUCACUUCUCUGAAUUCCACUGAUCCAACGUGCGAUAGUGCAAGACUGAAAAACCAUCAAAGUCCAACUCCUUACUCUCUUUAUAGAUAUAUGUGCAAGUGAUCUGUGGUUCAAAACCAAUCAGCAUUUCUUGUAAAAAUUUCUGAAGUUAUUCAGUGACUCGCCACAGGAGAUCAUAUAGUUUAUCUGUGUCAAAGUCAGAAACGAGAAAAAUGCAGCCAAACUAGCGUUUCACAGCUUAAGUUCGUCAGAGUUUCCUGUGUGGUGAACAGUUUGUCAGUGCAAGAGGAGGAGCACACACCGACAGACUCUUCUAACAGCUAAAUUUAAACAGGCAGAUCCGGUGAUCUAAAUGGCAAACCCAGUGGUGACCCAUCAACCUGGUGCAGGUGGUUAUGGAACCAAUAUCCAGACAGGAGAAUGGAGCACAGGCCUCUGCUCCUGCUGCAGUGACAUUUUAAUCUGUGCUCUGGGUUUCUUCUGUCCAAUUGCGUUGAGCUGUUACACAGCAAAUAAAUACGGAGAGAACUGCUGCCUGGGCUGUUUGCCAGGUGGUAUUACAGCACUCAGAACUCACAUGAGACUAACCUAUGGUAUUCAGGGGACAAUAUGCAACGACGCCUUGAUGACCGCUUGCUGUGGACUUUGUGAGGUGUGCAGAAUGGCUCGAGAAAUCCGGAUCAGGAAUGGAGAGAUUUCACUGUAACACCAAAGAAGUGAGAAAAAAUGAAAUGAGUCUGACCCAGCACAUACAGUAUUAUCUGAUCUUACACACCUAUUGCUAUUGUUAUUACAGUAAUUGUGAUGGCAUACAUAGAUGGCAUGGAAACAGUAAAGGAGUUAUUCAAGUGUAUUCAUCAUGAUUUUACUUAUUUUCUAAACAUGUGAAAGCAUGUUUUGCAUUUUUGUAAAUAAAUUGCAAUGGUUUAACACU